CCCAGCGUCGCACGGGUUAGGGGAGGAUUUGGCCGGGGUUGUAAAAUAAGUUUUUGUUCUUAACUGACUUCCCUGGUUAAAUAAAGGCUAAAUAAAGUUAUGUGGUAGACAAAAAACUCUAGCAAUUACGGUAUUAUGGUCAACGCAAUAAGGAGGAAGUGAAGGGUGGAAUGUCAUCCAUUUGUUUUCAACUCUACUAAAGGAACGAUGGCGCUCCGGACUUUAGGUUGUCACUUGGGGCGUUUUCAAGGGAUUUACCGCCAGCCCCAGUCCUGUGGCCUGGCUGUGUUGGGGGUGUGGGGGUUACCCAUGGUGUCGUUGGGGGUGAGAUGUAAGAGCUCCGGCCCUGUACAGGUGAGUCACCUGGACCACCUGGUGUUGACCGUGAAGAGUGUUCCAGACACCUGCACCUUCUACUCCUCUGUCCUGGGCAUGGAGGUCAUCACCUUUAAGGGUAACCGUAAGGCGCUGUGUUUUGGGAAGCAGAAGUUGAACCUGCACCAGGUGGGUCAGGAGUUUGAACCCAAGGCUUUGAGACCCACCUCAGGAUCAGCUGACCUCUGUCUCAUCACCCUCACCCCCCUGGCUGCUGUAGCUACACACCUACAGGCGUGUGGUGUGGAGAUAGAGGAGGGUCCAGUGGAGAGGAGUGGCGCUGUUGGACCCAUCACAUCUCUCUACUUCAGAGACCCAGACCACAACCUGAUAGAGGUCUCUAACUACAACCAACCAACAAAGGACUGAGGCCUUAUGUCAACCUCUAACUACAUGUACAACCAACAUCCUUUAGCUCAACAUCUACCUUCAACAGCCUUUAGCUCAACAUCUACCUUCAACAGCCUUUAGCUAAACAUCUACCUUCAACAGCCUUUAGCUAAACAUCUACCUUCAACAGCCUUAGAACAACCAUUUAACUGCAACAGAAGAACAAAGGGCAUUCUUAUAUUUUGUGUUUUAUUGCUCAGCCAACUUAUUUGCCUUUUGGCAGGAAGAUAACAGUAGUUCGACUGAAGAGUUAGUGCUAAGGUAACCUUUAUGAGGACAACAACGUAGUUCCUACGUGUCACGUUUUGGCCUAGCCAGAUCUGUAUGUUAGCCAAUUCCUUUGUUGUUUGGGGUGAUGACUUGCCUUGUUAAAUAAAAAAAAUGAGAGGCAAAAUA